ACUGAUACGGAUAUCUAGUGUCUGCCGUACGUUCACUGGCUUGUCCGAUGAAAACGAGAGAGAUUUUUCACAUUUUCAUUUUCACGUUGCAAUCGGCAUUGCCAUUGCUAUUGCCAUUAUCUCGUCUUGGACGAUAAGAAACGUCAACCGCCACCGCCACCGCCACCGCGCCGCGUUCCAUAUUGGUCGUUUGAUUUCUGGUUUUUACUUGCCAUUGCGAAUAAUGCACUUAUGUACGUCUCGUAUCGCCUAUCGCCUAUCGUCUAAUAACGCCUAAAGAACAUCAUCGUUGUGAUUAUUUUUCAAGCGCGCUCGUUUGCGCGCAUUCCUAAUCCUACGUGUACGUACGAGAAAAAGGAGUUGUUAUUUGUCGAAUACCUACCUACGCAAUCGAAAAGUGAAAAGUGAAAAGAGUGCGGUCAAACGUUUAAAUUUUUCGCAUUUCCUCAGCCGCGCGAUUUUUCGUUUAGUUUCAUCAAGAAACCAGACAAGCAGCCGGGCAGACGGACAUCGGUUCGAUCGUAUAGCCGAGUGAAUGGUGAUAGAUUGUUGGUUUGAUCGAGAUUCGAGAUUCGAGAUGCGGAUUGGCGGCGUAAUUGUAGCGAUUUUUUCCAUCGCUUUGCACGCAGUUAGCUGCGGCGGCGACGGCGACGGCGACGGCGGCCACGAUAAAGAAAUUUCAGAAAACUCGAUCAACACGCUGGGCGUGCUAACGAAUCGUUCUGCUUUGAAUUGGAUACCGAAGGAAAAUUUGGCGCACGAACCAGUGGCGGCGUUGGUAACGCUAUGCGAGUAUUUCAACCAAGAUGCGGGCGUUAUUUCAAAAGUGCUGGACGCGUUGAACAGCCAGCCGCAGUCGCAGCGGCUUAUGGAUUUUCUUACCGAUAUUCGGUUCGCAGGAGCAGGAGCAGGAGCAGCGGCUAAUUACAGCCGCAAUCUACUGAUGCUACUGCAAACAGUGUCCGCAGACUUGAUUGAAACGUCCGCCAACCAAGAGAAGGCGUUUAAUUUAUUGCUACGAAAUGAUUUGCUGAUGAUGUCCGCUCCGCCGCAUUUUCUACUAAAACUGAAAAACAUUCGCAAAGUGUUGCUACUGGCUUACGCUUCGGCAUCUGCGAACGACGACGGCGACAAGACUGACGCGUUUUGGAGACAACAACUACCGCUAACGAAGAGAACGUGGUCGAAAAUUCUUCUGCAGCCGCAUCCGCAAACUAGCUUAGUUGUCUCGUUUAUCAAACAACGGCAAACGUCCGGUUUCUUCCAAGUUCUAGACGCUGUAAAUUUAGUCGAAUUACGCGACCUGUUGACGACGCUCGAUGGCCAUCGAACAACCGAUCCGACAUUCUUGCAAUCGGUCGAGUGGAAUAGUGCGCAGAUUCGUACGAUGGUCGAUUUUCCUCUGAAACAUGCCAACGCCAACGCCAACGCCAACAACUGGUUAAGGUCGUCACAUUUCUACCGCCGCUAUUUAUCGCGAUUACUUCCCGAACAAAUCGCACGUUUCGGUCAGUCUGCCUCUGCCUCUGCCUCUGCCGCUGCCGCCGUUGCUGAAGCGCAUCUUCGAAACGAGCACCAAGUUUCCUUGCCGCAAGCUUUACAGCUAUUUAAAUUGGUGCGAUCGCGAUCGGAUGAAAAGUCGCCGUCGUCGCCGUUCAAGAUCGACGAAUCAAACUGCGCAUUGGUCGCGAAAUUGCUGUAUUCGCAGACGAAUUCAUUUUUCGCGCAGCUAUUCAACGAAACGUUGAAGAUGAAAGUCAUCAAAUGCUUGGAUUCGAACAAAUAUUCCAUAUUACAGGCGCAUCACAUUUUAGGUGGUCACGGAUUACGCUUAGGCGAUGCGAAGGAUCAUCUGCUGAAUCUGGAAGGACUAAUGGCCGCUAUUCCAGCUUCGGUUUACAUUAAUUUAGCGAGCGCGGGCACGGGCACGGGCCAGCGGCGAGACGGUUCGUUGAUAACUCAUUUUACGCACGUUUUGAAGUAUUUGCCGUCGCACGCCAACCGAGUUGCAGCUUCCGCAGCUUACCAAACCUGUAAAACCACCAUAGGUGCUUCAAAGUGCGUUGAAAGUGCCCUGGAGAACGGCAACCACCAACUCGUUUCCAUGAUUUCUCCGCUCGAUAUAACGCUGUAUCGCCAACAAAUUUGGAACUUGAUGCGAAUAAAAGUGAAACACGAUCGCGAUUUUGAACAGCGUAUCGUCAAUUGGCCGACGUUUGUGUUAAGACAGCUAUUGCUGGACGAAGAACGCGUAAUCACUCACGAUCAACUGUUCAACGAAAGCCGCCCCAUUCGUUUGAUAAUUCAGGGUUUGAAUUGCGACAUUUUAUCGCGAAUACCCGACUCGAACCGGUUGCCGAUAAUUGAAUUCUAUAACAGACAGCGUCGACUCUACGCAAAGCAAUUUCCCAAAGAUUUGCAAAAAUGCGCUCAAACCGCUUUCCUAGAUCAUUUGCGAGCGAAAUCAAAUACGAAUACAAGCGUGGCUGCCGCGCAAACCGAUGCGGAUCUUGUACUAUUCUCAGAUUUGGCCGAUAUCAGAUCCAUCGGAGGUUACGUAUUAGCUACCUUUCCCGCCGACAGUAUAGUUAAAUCGAAAUAUUACCGCAAUAUCGUCGAGGAAAUCGGUCGUUUAUCGCUAGCCGAAUUGACGUUGGCGGUAACUAGACGUCGCCUCAUUUCUAUCGCUUCGCAAUACCUCAACCGAACCAUCAUGGUCGAACGUGAUGACGAUAAAAUUCUGGUCGAGCAUCUCGUAACGUUAGGUAACCUGACUCAUUUUCUGGACGACAAAUUUGUGCGAAGAAUCGACGCGGCCGCUCUUCGGCUGUUGUUGGAAGGCGAGUUUAUCGAUACCAGAGUGUGCGCUCCUUCGGCCGUACGAAAAGCGUGGGCUGACAAAUUGAUCGAGACGUUCGGCUCGCCGGAAACUUGGGAUGAAAACGCUUUUCUGAAGAUAGGCGACAUGUUGAUCGUGAUGGAAAAGUCCUCCUUCGACGUUAUGAAUGUGAGCGCGUGUUCGCGCAUCGCCGACUUGCUAGCAUCCAAAUACAAGCAAUCUAUCGAAUGGAUAGCCAGCCGACAGCCCUUUUACAAAGUUUGCUCUGUAAUUCUCGCGCAGCACGAACGACCGUCGUACGAAUCAUCCAUAAAAAGGUUGGCAUUGUUUUACGCAGCUUCCAUCGAACAGCUACUCGGUACUAGCGAAGCAAUCGUCGCAGAUGGCGCCCACGCCCACGCCCACGCCCAUUCAGCUGGUGAAAAGCCAACCGUCGCUAUCGAUGUCGCUACCGAGCACGAAGCGUACGCUUCGAACAUUCCAUACGUCGACUCGACAUCUCCGCCAUCGCCAUCGCCAUCGCCACAAGUAACCGAACAAACGGCGUCCGUUCUCGUGACCGGUGCUUCCCUCGUCACAUCGCUCGAUACGUCUUUCGACGAUGCUGUAAACAAUUCAGCGACUGUACAACCUGCUCCGAGAAAUGAGGUUCCCUCCAGUGAAGAGUCGACAGCGACAGCGAGAGCCAGAGCCAGCGCGAGAGCGAGAGAAGAAACAGACGCCGCUGUUGUCUCAACUCCUACCGAUGAAAAUCAAUCGAAAUACGACAGUAGCCCCAACAGUUCAGUCAGUCCUGUCGAUCCAGUCGGUGGCGGCGGCGGCGUCAACAAUGUCCUCGAUACCGCCGCCACAACAGAAACAGGCGCAGCAGCACCAACGCCAGCGCCAGCGCAAACCACCACAUACGGUUGGCUGAAAACACAAGCUAAUAGCGCAUCGCAGACCGCCGCCGAUGUUACUACUACUACUACUACUACCAACGUUGUUGACCAAACUGAUUACGCAACUCGCACGACCAUUUCUGAUGCUAUUUCAACGACAAUAAUAUCCUCUGUUGCCCCGGCUGCAGCUGUUGCUGAAGAAAGUGCGCAAACUCGGGCCACGGUUACCGAAUCAGCCAACAGAGGUCCGCGAAACGUUCAGAUCGCAUCAACCACGACAACAGCAACAACCGAAGUACCGGUGUCCACAGCCGCAGAUGAAACCAGCACUAGCGCCAGCGCCAGCGCCAGCACCCUUACCUCAUCAUCCGGUACAAGGACCUCCGGCGGCAACGAUGGCGAUAAAACCAUCAUCUUCCAGUCUCGUUCUACGAGUAGCACUGACGCAAUUGAUGGCAACGGCCAAGCAACCGCUUCAGACGCAAUCGAAAUUGCGACGACCACCACCACCACCGCCGCCGCCGCCGCCGCCGCAGCAGCCGCCGCCGCUACAACAGACCGCCAACACGAGUUGCCAUCAUCGUUGCCUUUGCCUUUACUGCAGCUGCAGCUACCAUCCGAGCAAAAUCGGCGAUUCUCCAGCAAAGUCGCCGCCGCCGCCACUGCCACUCGCCCUACUACUUAUUCGAAAGCCGAGUUCGAGCGAAUGAUCGAUUUACUUGUGACUUCCUUGAAUGAGACUACGCGAUCGAAACGAGGCAUUCAGGGCGGCAGCGAAUCCGAGCAUGGUGCGAGCGCGAGUGCGAGUGCGAGUGCGAGUAAGCGCCACAAUGUCGGUGUCAGUUGUAAUACGUUGAAAAUGCUGGACACGAUGUCGGAUUUCAUUUUGGAUUCGUCUUUCGCAUCGCACUCGGAGCAUUCGUUGGAUUGCGUACAACUGUUGGCGCAACUCGACAGCUUGAGCGAGGCUAGUAAAAAACAAAUUUGGUUCGACGUCGAGUCGACGCUGUCCGAAAAAAAUAUAACCUUCGUCGCCGGAAGCAUAUUGUCGGUCGUCGAAACGGCGGCUUUAAACGAGCUUAGCUACGACGCGAGUUUGCCGGGAGCGUUGGAGCUGAUUGGCGCCUUAUCGUCCGUUUAUCGAUCGAAUACCGAAGGCCAACGAUUAGUCAAUAAGAUCCUCAGAGACAACUACGUCUCCAACGUGAGAAACGGCGGCGCCAGCGCGUUGAAGAACCGCAAGUUGCUACCGGUAUUUACACGCGCGCUCGGUAAAAUGAUAUGCGACGUAGACAAUCCCAUGUUUUUUGAUUUGUUAAAGCGCAACGAUACGCUGGCUGACAUUUGGACCAUGUCUGACGCGCUCGACGAUUGUCCGAUGGAAUGUUUGAUUCGCAUCGCAAAUUUAACCACUAAAGUGUACGGACAUCCUUCGGGCUGGCAACCGUCUAUGUUGACGAUGCUCGGACCCGUAGCGGCUGGUUUCAACGUCAGUCUUAUUCGCGAAUACCCCAACAUUACUCGUCAUUUCUCCGCAUCGGCUUUCCAACGUUUACGUUUUUCAUCCGACGACUUCAUGUCGUCGAAUGCGACUCGCGACCAACGGUAUCUCGAUAGCAUAUCUCCAACUUCGGCGAUGCUUCUGCUCGAAGACGAUUGUACCCGCAUCGACGGCUGUUCGUUCGCAUCGUCUCUGGCUGCUGCCGAACUCGCACCGCAACCUUCGAUAACAUCGCGAGCAAACAUUUCGCAUUCUUUGCCGACGAGCUUAGGCCCGUCGGUGACGGUGACGGUGUUGAUUUCUAUUUUCAUUUCCAAAUGGUUUUACGCGUACGCGUAGGCGUAGGCGUAGGUCAGUUACCUCUUGAUACAGCUUACAGCGUACCUCAUACCUACCUAGUCGAGUAGUCUCGCGUCUACAUGAUAAUGAAAUCAUCGUGCAGUUUCAUCUGCAGUCUAAAUGGGUAAACCGCCAAACCGGUGAAGCAAUCUAGUCAAUUCUAACCAUGUAACCAAUUACGCACGUUAUGUUUAUUUAUUAGUACCUACCUAUAGAUAUAGAGUAUUACGAGUAUUCCGCCAUACGUCUAAUGUCAUACCUACUCUAUCCUUUUUGUUUACUCGUAUAAUAUGUAUUUUUCUUCCCAAUGUACAGCUAACCACCGCACCUAAAUACCUACGUGUACUUAUUACUCGCUUGCGUACCAAAAUAAUUUAUACCUAUCUCCUACCUGUUAAGCUAAGGCUAACUUUACGUGCUGUUUGCUCACCAAAUUCAACUUGGUACAACCAUAGGUAUUAAUUCCGUUUUUGUGAUUUUUUCAUUUUUUUCUUUGUUGUUUCUUUUUUUCAAUUUCAAAUGUAGGUUUUUUAAACUAUCUUGUAAUUUCUGUUCGUGUAUUCAUCUUUUGGAACAUUUUUUAUAGGUGAACAAUUCACAAUACAAGUAUUAAGCUAA